AUGAAAAAUGUUUAUGGUAGUGAAGUAUUGAGUCGUAAGAAUGUUUUUAAGUGGUAUGCAAGAUUUCGUGAUGGUAGAGACAGCUUUGAAGAUGAUCCAAGACCAGGUCAUUCAGUAACAGUUCGAAAUGAUGAGAACAUUGAAAAAGUGGCCGAAGUCCUACGAAAUGAUCGUUGUGUCUCUACUCGACUCAUUGAAGAGGUUACUGGCAUACCUAAAUCCACUGUCCAUCUCAUUUUACCUGAAAAUUUAGGAAAAAGGAAAAUCUGUGCAUGCUUUGUACCGCACACAUUGACUGACGACCAAAAACAUUGCAGAGUGGAACACUGCAGAGACAUGCAACAAGCGGCCACUACGGAUCCAAACUUCAUGGCAAACAUUGUAACUGGUGAUGAAACCUGGUGUUUCAAGUUUUUCAAGUUUGAACCAUUCACAAAACGUCAGAGCGCGGAGUGGAAGAGCCCAGAAGAUGCCAAACCAAAAAAAGUGCGCAUGGAAAAAAGCCGAAUCAAGACUCUCCUCACAGUUUUCUUUGAUUUGAAGGGUAUCAUCCAUAAGGAAUUCAUGCCAGAAGGUGAAUCAGUUAAUGCUGCUUACUACUUGAGUGGUUUGAAGCGUUUAUGGGCGAGAAUUCAUCGAGUUGGACCUGAAUACUAA